AUGAAUCUAAUUUGCUUUUGUCUCCUGUUUCUAGGUAAAAUUCCGAAGAAAGAAUCAGCAGCAAAAAUAUUGAAUUAUCAGAUGGAUCAUAUGAAUGAGGACAAGAUCAGUUAUCUUCCUGAAGAUCUGCUGGUAAACAUAUUGUCUUUACUUCCUACAAACGAUCUUGUUGCCACAAGUGGUGUAUCGAGACGAUGGAGAUCUCUUUGGAAGAGGGUACAUAGACUCAGGUUCAACGAUCAAAUCUACGAAGGUAAAAAGUACGACAGCUUCCUUCACUUUGUUGAGAAAUCUUUGUUAUUACAUAAGGCUCCUCUAGUAAGCCUCAUAUUGAAUGUUGGUCCAAAAUGUACUGCUGAUGAUAUUGGUUUGUGGAUUAAACUCGCGUUGGAUCGUAAUAUCUGCGAGCUAAUCAUCAAACAUUAUCCUGAUCAUGGACACAUCUCGUUAUCUCGGAGACUAUGCAACAGCACAACCCUUGUUGCCUUAAAAUUCAAGAAUGUUAUUCUUGAGACUAUUUCGCUCCCAGCAUGUUUCAGUUCACUCAGAACGCUUCACCUUGGAUAUGUGAAGUUUUCCGGGGAUGAAGAUCUUCGUAGUCUCUUAUCAAGCUGUCCUUCACUUCAAAGCCUUGUCGUGAAACGACACAAUGAAGACAACGUGAAGAGAUUCAUCAUUAUAGUGCGUUACUUACAGAGUUUGACGAUGUACUUAUCACCCCUACAUGACGCAGCGGAUUCAGAUGCGUAUUACAUAAAUACACCUUAUCUGAAGUACUUGAACAUUAAAGAUCAUUGCACUGAUCUUUACUCUUUUGAAGAUAUGCCUUAUCUUGAAGAGGCUUACCUCGACGUUGCCUUCACCCAUUCUGAAAACUUUUUUCAAUCUCUUUCCUCGGUCAAGAAACUCUCUUUAUGCUUAAAGAAAUCAAAUGCUCAGUAUCCUGAAGGUAUUAUCUUCUCUCAGCUUGUGCAUUUGGAGCUAUGUACAUGCGAUGAUUCAAAGUGGUUAAAUCUACUCGCGAAUUUGCUUCGAGAUUCUCCUAAUCUUCGAGUGCUUAAGCUUAACGAUAUGAACCAUAACGUUGGCAAGCAUAGCUCUCGUUCUUGGAACCAGAAACCGAGUUGUGUUCCAGAAUGUUUGACUAAAACUCUUGAAACUUUCGAGUGGGUAAACUAUAACGGAACAUUCGAAGAGAGAGAUGUUGCGGUGUAUAUCUUGAAGAAUAGUAUUUGCUUAAAGAGGAUGCUUAUCUCCCCAAAAUUCAACAUUUCAGAAGGGAAAAUCAGCAUUUCAGAAGGGAUUAUUUCUGAUUAUCAGAUUUUUGCAUCUUUGUUCACUGGCUCGAGGAGUUCUUGUGAACUCGACUGA